AUGAUCUCAUCAUUAAAUUAUUUGUCAACUAAUCAAACGUGCCAAUUAUUUUACGCCAAUGUUACUACAGUUGCGUUUGAAUUUGAUGUAGCUUCAUCCUUAAUCUGUAUGAAUGGAUCGGUAGUGUUAUCAAUGCUUAGUAUGACCAGCAAUACAACAGUAUCCAACACAACAACAGUUUCACAAUGCAAUAUCACAGCGUGUCGUGUGCGAAUUCAAAGUUAUAUUGCACUAAAUUUGACAUACGACACAAUAAAUUUUGCUGAAUGCAAUGGCUGCUCCCGAGCGAAUUUCUCAAAUUUCCCGUCAGACUGGUCAAAUAGAUGGUAUACUGUGAACUUUUAUAUCUACUCUUCAAGCAGUGUAGAUUGUAAUGGGAACCCAUAUACCGGCGAUCUACCGUUUUGUAAAAAAGCAUGUUUGACAGACAUUACGUGCGUCGGCUUUUCUAGAGCUAAGAACGCUCUAGAUACUGACUCGACAGCAGAUUGUUAUUUGAAACGUAACAUUACGGUAAGUCGAAUAUAUAAUGAUACCACAUGGCAAUCAGUGAUUUUCAACAGCACCACAUAG